UCUCUCUUUCAUACCAACUGUGAAGUGUAUAAUCUACCAUAAUUUUGUUAUUUCCUCAUAAUUUCGUUGAAUUUACUGUUAUUCAAGUGUGAAGUGUAUAAUCUACAAUAAUUUGUGAUUCAUUAUCCAUUUCCCGCAAAAACUGAGCUGCGAACUUAUAAUUUCGUUGAAUUUGUGUAUUGAGACAUUGAUUGUAUUGAUAUCCAGGUGCGAAAUGUUUAAUCGAGGAAAUUUUGUGAUGCAUUAUCCAUUUUCCGCAAAACCUGAGCUGUGAACUUGUAGUUUUGAUGAAUUUGUGUAAUUGAGACAUCAAUUGUACUGGUAACCGAGAAAAUUUUGUGAUUCAUUAUCCAUUUUUUGCAAAACCUGAGCUGUGAAUUUGUUUCAAUUUGUAAUUAAGGUGAAUUAGUGUAAUGGAAACAUUGAUUGUACUGAUAUCGACUACAUAUCCUCAAAUUUUAGAACAGUCGUAAAGAUGUUUUCAGAGAUGAUUAAUCUACGCUAAGCAGAUAGAGGUGAAUCAGAGCUAUAUAUUACUAUAUAGAUUAGCUACGGAGAGUAAAAUAUGUACAUAUAUACAGCGUUUGCACAAUGCUCCAAGUUUUGUUGAACUGCUGAAGUGCAUGAAUAUUGUAUGCUUCAAUAUUUGGUUAGAAGGUAAUUUUUUCCUCAUAGCUUUGUCACCGGACCAGUAAGUAUAAUUGGAUUUAAAAUCGCAUUACUCUUCUUUUUUCCCAUUUAUUCUAUAUUCUCUUUUGCAUUCACAAGUUAAUCAUGUUAUUUAGCUUUAGGAAUUCGGAGAAAUUUGUCGGAAAAGCAAUUAGCAUAAAGAAUCUCCUUUUUAAUUGGGAGGAAACUUAAUUUCUGAUCCUACAGAGUCAAGUUUCCGCUUGGCUAAAUGAAUAAUCACUAGGAUUCUUUGGUUCGUUGCACUUAAUUGUCCUAUAUGCUCAUUCUACAAGAAGCUUGUUCGACUCCUUAAGAUAUUUCCUAGAAAAGUUUGCUUACAAAUUUCGGCAAUUAAUUCAGAUAUCUUGUGACAGGCAGAGAACUUUAAGAAGUUUUGCAUACAAUGAGUGUGCUUGAAGAUUUACUCAUGUACUCCUUUUUAUUCCUCCUUUCUAUUUGUGUUCGUCAUGAAGCAUCUAAGACCUACAAUUGAUGUUACUUCUUUUUCAUUCCUCUUUUUAUGGUUUAGGCAGCAUUACAUUUUUCUGUAAUGAUUAUGGAAACUUUACAAGAGAUGUUGCCGCGUAUGUGACUCCUUUGCAAAAUAAGUCAGUGCUUGGUCUUGUCAUCCUAAUGCUUUGAGUCCAUAAUACCCUAUUGCAGCUAUGUUGUCAUCCAAAAAUGUUGAAACAGACAUUUACAUUUUAUGACUUGAUAACGGUCUUAUAUCAAACGCCUUAUUACAAAAAAAAAAAAAAAAAAAAAAAAAAAAAAAAAAAGGUCUUAUUUUCAAACUAUCAGAGUACCGGUAAGAGCUGUUGGCAGUUCUGUGAUAUGCUCCUUUACCUGCCUUCUUUAUUCCUUUGAUAGCCUGCAGUAGUCGAGUACAAAACCAAUUCUUCUUGCAGAUGGCAAAGCCAAUUCUAAAUGAAGACGUUGGUUUGUUAGAGGAAGGGACAGUUCAGAAACACACUGCAUCAGAGGCUGGGAUGACUUUAACUAUUGAUUCUCAUAUUGACAUAGAUAAAAGUCAUGACAUCAUAAAGCAUAGUUUACCUUCAAACCAUACUACGAGCGGCAAUGAAACUCCAAAAGUGCAAUCUGCUAGCAAUGGAGUAGCAUUUGAGAAAGCGGAUAGCUCGUUACAGGAAAAAAUAUCCACCAGCAUUCAAGAAACAGUUUGCCAAGUAGAGGAGGAAACUUCUUUGAUAUCACAGAGUGAAUCAAGGAGGAAUAUUUCGUCAAGUUUACAACAACGUUGUAUUUCUGUGUCGGCGGAUGUUAGUUUCUUAGGUGUAGGAACAGGCGCUAAUAAAAAGGUGCUUUUGGACUCUGACACAAACUAUGAUAAGUCAGUUUUAGAAAGUUCAUGUUUGGAGGAUGUUGCAACCUCAAUGAAGAAUGCUAGUGAAAGGAGAAACUUUGAAAAUGGUAAGCAUGCUUUGGAGACCAAUAAGGACAGCAGUGAGACACAUCCCAACAGUAUGUCAAAUGCUACAGAAGACAAAAUACAAGACACGAAACUCGGUAACGAGAUUCAGAGCCCAACUUCGGAGCUUUCUGCAUCUUCAUUAAUCAAUGGAAUAUUGGCUGAUCAUUUGACAGCAGAGAAAAGAAGAGAUACUGGUGUCAUCAGGUCAGAGUUUUUUCUUCCAUCAAUUAAGCCUGCAGCUCAGACGCAGAAGACAACAUCAUGGACAGUGCAAAACAAUAGCAAGUCUGGUUUAAAAAGUAUUUUACAAGACUAUCUCUUUACAGCGAAGCUGGACCAAGUGCCUGCUAAGAAUGGGAGAGCAUCCACAGUUUUGCAGAUGCCAGCAUCUUCCAAAGGAGAAUCUUCGAAGGGAGCAUCUUCGACUAUCAAAUCAAAAGACAAAGAGUCUGAGUCUAGCAGCCACAACAAUGCAGAACAAAAGGCAUCAAUGCUGAAAGAACAAACUAACAAGGCGUGGCCAGUUUUUCUGAUCAAGGAUAGAGAGGAUUUCGACGCGAUAAUGCCACUAUUGGAACACCCUAGCCACGUUGUCUAUAUACGACCUGCAGCAGGGGUGAGCAAUAAUCUUUUAGAACAUAUUAAUGACUUUGCCCUAAACUACAGAUGGUUACAUGUUCUUCCUAGGCUGGAAGAACAUAGAAUACCCAUACCUAGGGUGGAAGAACAUGGAAUACCCAUAUCUAGGCCAGAAGAACAUAGAAUACCAAUAUCUAUGUAUGGGCUUGGAAUAAUUUUGAUUGGAAGUGGGAUCUUAGUCUCUAGCUUAGCCUUGUAUAAGUGGUCUAAGAAUGGAUAUCCUAUGGAAGUAAAUGGAACUAUCGGUCCACUAGUUAAGGCGAUAGUUUUGUAUUAUAUGGAAAAAGGGAAUCAGAUCCCCUCCAAUCAAAUUGCUCCAGAUCAGAUCCCCUCCGAACAAAUUGCUGCAGAACUCUUCAACAGCCCCUUUGAAUAAACUGGGUUGAUUCUCUGUUUGAUAUUAAACACUGUAACGACACUUUAUGCAGAAUUUUGAUAUUAAAAUUCUUUUGUCUGCAAUUUAGUUCUAAAUUGGAGCA